AGCGACAUCGACAAUAGCUUCCAAAGUCGUCGACAACGAGGGGAUCUACCUUCCAACAAACCUAUCGAACGGAGAGAGAAAGGUGCCAUCAAGAUGGCUUCCUCUUCAAAUCCCUACGAGCAUUACAACUCCCCAGAAGUCGAAGACGAAGAUGACCUGAUCGAUCCAGAUGAUGCAAACCUCGACGACCUCGAUGACCCCCUCCAAUCCUCCUCCCGCGCUCCCCUAACCGGCAACAUAACAACAAACUCCUCCCGCCCGCUCAACGAAAAUUACCUGACCUCCCGCAUCCCCGGCGAAGACCGCCGCGCGCCCACCAACACGAUCGACGAAUCGGUCUGGGACACGCUCCGUCGCGAUCUGUUAGCUGUCUGGUCCAAGAUGCGCGAGGUGCUGUACCCGAAAUACCUGUUCGGCGGCUCCAUGCUCGAGAACACGACGUCCUUCCGGGGCGCCUACGAGAACAUCCGCGGCGCAGGCAUUUCUGGGGCGCGAGACGAGCUGGUGGGUCUUGCGGGCAGGGCGCUGGAUCCGGAGGCGUUGCUGGCGCAGGGGAAUAUGAGUGAGGGACUACGGGAUUGGGAUCUUUGGGGCCCGUUGGUGUUUUGUUUGUUGUUGAGUUUGUUUUUGAGUUUUAGUGCGGAUCGGGAGCAGAAGAGUUUGGUGUUUAGUGGAGUUUUUGCGAUGGUCUGGAUUGGGGAGGCGGUGGUUACGAUGCAGAUUAAGUUGUUGGGUGGGAAUAUAUCUUUUGCUCAGAGCGUGUGCAUUAUUGGGUAUACGCUAUUUCCGCUGGUUAUUGCGUCCCUGCUCUCGGUUUUCCAUCUCCCGACUGUGGCGAGAGUACCGGUCUACCUAUUCUUGAUCUUAUGGUCACUAGCAGCGGGAGUUAGUAUUCUAGGCGGCAGCGGAGUCGUCAAGAAUAGAGUGGGUAUCGCAGUAUACCCGCUCUUCGUCUUCUAUCUAGGAUUGGGGUGUUUAUGCUUUAUCAGCUGAGGGCAGAUGGCUCAGGAAAUUGCGUUGCGAAGAAAUACUAGCAUGGGUUUGGGUGCUUCGGUGCGUAUCAUGUUGUAUGAUUAGAGGGAAUUCUAGCUUUGAUGAUGAGCAGCGAAUGAGAUACCAUUUCCUUCUACUUCGUCAAGUUACAAUCUCAUUUUAAUGACAAGGGCGCGAAAUAGGUUCUUCCCAGGUCGCAAGAACAUGGAUGAAUAGGAACAGGAAAUAAUGAAGAUGUGGGUCACUGGGUUUCGGUUUGUACCUGCGAGCUUUGGAAAAGGCAGGAAUGUCAAGAGGGACGGGAGCAGUUGCCGAGAAAAGGUCUUUCGUCUGUCUCUAUUUUGCGAAAGAGCAUCUGACCGAAUUCGAGCCAGUGGUGCGAAAUCUGUUUCCUUUUCAGCAUGCUUCGCCUCAUUACAAACUUUCUGCCCUCCACGACACUCUACUUUUUUUUACCUGGGCGUCUGCUUCAUCAUAUGUCGCA